UUAGUGACAUGUAAAUAGGUUUGAUGUAUGAAUACAUCUUUAUUAGCAACCACUCAUAGUUUGACAUGUGCGUCUAUUAUACUCUGAUCAGUGAUCUCAGAACAAUGGAGGUGUGUUUUGGACACACUCAUCAGUAUGGCACACAUGUCUCAGUUUUAAAGUUUUUAAUCAUCACAUGUGAUAAAAUGUUAAGAAAGAGACUACAUGAAAAAGUUAGUGUGUAGGUUUUUAAUGAGGUGGAAUAGAAGCUCUUUAGUGUUAGCAAUUCAAAUUGCUGUUUUCUUUCCUCCCUCUGCAGAUGCUUUCUUCCUUUGCAGGCUGAUGGUCUGUGGCCUGCUUUCUUCUGUCUUCCAGCACACUCCAUGUCUUCCCUCUGCAGAUGUUUGGAGCUCUGUCUUGUCUGCAGAAUCUGUCUUGUCUAACUGAGUGUCUUGCUUACAAAGUCACACCCUCCCCCCCCCCCUGCCCCCGCUAAACAAUAGUAAGCAACCUGAUUGGUCUGCUUGACCAUGACAUCACACAGCUGGUGCUGCACAGAUAAUAAAUACUGCAGAAUUUUCUAUACUUUCAUCCCAAGACUCUCACUCCCUUUCCAAGGACUUCUUUUUUUUUUGGAAAAUGGCAGCAGAAGCCGACAAAUGCUGGACGCAUACUACAUGUGGAUCCGCCCGGGUCAAGAUAAUGAAGACAGGCUGUUUUUGUCCUCAGCGGGCACAAAGCUACAAACUGCCGGACAUCAAGAGCCAGGAAAUUCGUAGGACCGUGGAGACAGAUGCUGCUGCCAACUUCACGGAGGAGCAGAAGGCGUCUGUGGCACACUACAUGGCCCAUUCGACUGCUGUGGCAAACCAGCACUACCGGAUGAAGACCCUGGACACUGUUGUGGCGACCGCGAACCUGCUCAGCUCCCUGACACGUGCUCAUCCACCUGUUUGUCAGUGUGUAACCUGGAACUUCCCCUGUGAGUGCCACCCGUCUCUGGAAACCGCAGGGAGAUGGAUCAGACACUCCAAAAAGAACUUUAACGUGCAGCCACGCCACUGCACAGUGACACUUCCAGAAGGAGACAGACACGUCCUGCUCUUUCAGGCCACAAAGGACAUUGUCAAUGACGAGGAGAUCCGCUUCGACCACGGUGUGAAGAGGAGGUCUUUUCGUGGGGAGGAAGAGGAGCUGAAGUGGCUGGAUGUCUGACAAGUUUCCCUGACAGACUCUGUCUUACUGUAUUAUAUUGUACAGCUUGUGUUGUUAUUGUAUAAUGAAUGCGUGUAAAUAAAGUGUGUGUGAUUUAACAUUAA